UCAGUUCGUUAUUUUCAAGUGUUUGAGUCGAUAUUAAAACGGAAAAAAUUUUAUUUCACACUCCAACGACGGGAAUGAUAUAUAAAUCAAAGGGACAACCAGUUUUGGUGAAUUUUUUGACGUCGUAAUUGAUUAGACAGUGUAAAUUAGAGGUUCGAAGUGACUGAACUGCGUUUUCCCUGACAAUAAAGGAAUUCGCCCGUUGUCUGAAUAGUUUCUCGAUAAAUUAAUGAAUAUUCGUGUAAAAAGUGUGCUUUUAAACGAAGUGUUGUGUUAAUAAACACCAGUGGACAUAUUAGUGAGUGGUUAAUUGAUUUUUAUGGACAUAAUACACGAUCGGAUAUCGAACUCAAUUUCGAAAAAUGGUGCGGUGCGUAAAAAUGUUUUCGUGCGACAGUGUGUGAAAGUGAAGUGGAAGUGUUUUUGAUGCUUGUGCAAUUAUAAUUUGAUUCCGGGAAAUAUGAAACGGAAAUUUAGUGCGCGCUCUUCAAGAUGUGGAAUCCAGUGUUUCCUGCCUCAUGACGUCACACCAGGAAAAUGAUGUGAAUGGCGAGGUCUUGGAUUACGGGGGCCCUAGCUCUGGCGUUGCUAUUCGUUACGUCCGACUGCCUCCGGGGACCUGCCACAAACGUCGAUGUAUCGCCCUCGACAACAAUCAGACCACGAGGUGGUUCUCGUUUCAGUCCGAAGGUCGAGGAAACACCUGAGACCUCUCCUCAGCCUUUCUCCUCUCAAUGGAGGUCGAGCCGUCGAGGAAAGCCCGCGGUUACUCCAUCAUCAGGAAGAGCGAAUGACAAGAAGACUGGAACAACUACCCUGAGGAGUAGGCGUGAUCGUGAUUUUGAGGUGAAGGAAGCAGCGAAUAUUUCCAGGAGAAGAGAGGGAUCAAGGUCUGGGGUGAGGAGAUAUCCAUCAACGGGACAGGUGCCCGAACAGGACUUGGCUAAUGCAGCGAGUAAUGACAGGAGGUACAUACCAGAGGGCAAAGAUAGAAGAUCAAGAAGAUUGGAGGGUGAUGUUCAUCUGGAGCUGCCUCACGAGAGUCCUAAAUUGGUGAGCAGAAGGCAGCGGGGGAGAACAAGCAGUGAAGAGACUUCAACCACAACUACUAGGUCGAUACCAUCAGGAAGAAACCGAACUAGAGACUCUGGUGAAACCAGAAGAUCUUCUUCUAGGAGAAUCACUGAGAGGAGCACUGAAAGGCAGGCGGCUAGUAAGGAAAGAUCAACCCCCAGAGGCCCAGGAAGACGCAUCACCGAACGAAGCACUCGAAGACAUGAUUCAUCAUCUCCCAAUCCUGAUGUGUCAUCUGAAGUACCUCUGGGAAGUACCUCAACCUCAGAACGCAUCACCGUUUUACCACCCAGAAAAACAUCUGUGGAAUCUACAGAGUACUCUCGAAGAGGUCCUCUGAAGUACUCAGUAUUCACACCUGGGGAAUUUGAGAAUUUCAAUCCACUGGAGGAUGUGCAAACUGAAAUAAAUUCUCACAGACCACCACCUGGAAAUACAAAAGCAAAACUUCGUAGUCACGGGAGAAGAUCCGAGCCAACAUCCAAGAAACCACAGCAUUCGGAUAAAAAAUCUAAAGAUCCUGAGUCGUCCACUAGGUCUCCGGGUAAGGAUAAGACAACGAAAUCGGUGACGUCUUCGGAGAAAAUCCUGAGAUUCAGAGCGAAUUCAGAAAUUCCAAAACCACGAUCACCAAAGAUCGAGACCAACACAUUAAAACCGAAGGUCUCCAUCAAGACCGAUAAAUUCCGAUCAUCGAAGGGCGAGUCUCGUGGUAAAACUGGGGGGAAAAUCGAGAAACUUCGAUCUUCAGGACACGAAAUUGCUCCGGAGCCGACAACUCGAUUUCCUGAGACAACUCCAGGAGUGACAGGGGCUCACCCAGACCUGGACACGACACCUCAAUUCGUCGCUUCAGAAUCGUUGAUAGCGUCGACACAGGUGUCUCCAAUCGCCCUCCCCACGUCAUCCCCCAAUGGAGAUGGGAAAGAGAAUUUGAACAAACGGCGACAGGCACCAGUGACAAAUCCACCGAAUAAUCAGACCCAAGCUUCUGCACCGAAAGAGGAUUACUUCAAUCGUGGAUUGGGAUUCAGAGGGAGGAAGCCUCAUUCAGGGACAGCCCCUGGUUCACCCCCGGGGAGUCCCACGAAUGGAAACCCUGGAUGGACCCUGAAGAGGCGACCACAUAAUUAUGCAGAUGGCGGACAAGCUGGGGGAGCAAAUCCUUCGGUGAUGGCCAAUGAAAUUCCACCUCGUAGACAAAUUGCUUCAGUGGUCUUCAAAAUUGAUAGGGAAAUCACUCCCGAUGAUAAUUAUCCUCCCGAAUUCAAGGCCAAACUGGCGAAGCUGAACCGAUCUGAUCAGGAUGGUCCAGGCGGUGGCUCUAGGAUAACAGAAGACGUAAUGAUGACAGUUAUCCGACACUCACGCUCGGUCGACCAAAAAGAUAUCCACAGUGAAUUCCCGGAAAAUGAUCAAUUUCCGGCGACAGUUUAUCCAUUUCCGGUAGUGACGACUCCGUUAGGGGACCCUGAGGAGGCAACCGAUGGUUCGAAGAAGCGCCAGCUGAGUGUCCCGAUAUCAUCAAAGUCUAGAGAAAAAUUGGCGAAUGCGAGGAAGCUGAUAAAGCCAGAUAUGAAGAGCGAGGAAGUCACGGGAGGGGAUGAAGCAGCACCGAGUACAUCGAGAAACAUCAGCAGGAUCACGAAAUCGUUUGAAUCAACGGGUGAAGGAUCCCGGACAGGUAAACGUUCAUCGAAGACUUCGACAACAACUCCACAACCACCGACGACCGCCCCAAUUUCGAAAACCUACACGAGAACAAGUAAGAGCGUUCACCGCAGUAAUAUCAGAGUAGUACAAUCCACAAGUAUCCGUAAAGAUCGGAUAGACAAGAAACGUGAUGAUGAUAAUGAAUUGAUAACAGCAACUAUCCCUUACUCUCCCGAAUCAACACCAGAGCCCGUAAGAACGCAGACCGUGAAAUCUUGGGUUCUGUCUCAAAGAUCGAAGAAUCCGUCAACCGAAGGUGCACCGACAACCCCCAGGUCACGUUCCCAGAGCUCCCACGAAGUCACAACUAAAUCAUCUUCUCCAGAGACAGUGACACACAUUCUGAAGAUCCCGACAUCAACCAAAAGACCUAGACACUGGAAUGCUGCGUACCUUGACAAAAACUGGCAAGACCCUUCGGAGAGGUCGUCGGAGUCCACCGAGUCUUCGGCGACGAGGAGAUCUUUUACACCAUCAAAAUCAUCGAGAUCCUCUGAAAUUUCGCGGUCCUCAACGGAGAGACCACCGCAACCGAUAAAACGCCGGGAAUCCCGUCCCAGAACUGCGACCUAUCGUCGGCACUCAGAGGGCGCUGUGAACUCUUCUUCAUCGACCGAGUCGGGUAGUGUCGUGAUAACCCCGAAGGUCCAGAAAUUCCACUCAUCUGUGAAGUCAUCGGGCUCUUCGGAGCGAUCGGCAAGACAGGAACCUACGGUGAGUCUUGCACUUUCCAAUGGGACUAUCUCUGGUGAUGGGAACUCGACGGGUAUCUCCCUGAGUAACCGAGGCAGCAGUGGCACCACCGCUAGUUCUGAUUCGAAUAUCUUCAAUCCCGCGAAGACAACGUACCUGAUAAGCUCCAAUAGUACUUUAUUGGAGCAACUCCGGAGUACUGUUGCACCUUUGUUGAGUGCUUUAGGCAACAGAACACCAAUCUUCUCAGCUCCCUACAGCACGGUUGAUCCUGGAAACUCAAUGCGAGUGACACCAAGUGGUUCCCCAGCAAGAUUCAGUGCCAGAUAUCGCGGGGUUGAAUUGUUCGUGAGAAAACCAAGUGAUUCUGAUUCAUCAGGACCCACCACUCCACUGACAUCAACAAAGGACGAUCGAUCACCCAAAAUAUCAGUGUCAAGUCCCGGCGAGCCCAAAGUCAUAACGUUUUACCAGGCCCUGGAAUCAGCUAGUAUAACCAACGAAGUAGAGCAAACGACCGACUCACCGAGUCGUUUAAAAAUUGAUACGGUACCGCAGGUAGCGACCAAUAACGAAACUGACCCUAACGUAACGCGUAACGCUAACAAUGACACAACAUCAACGAUAGAGACAAGUGUAGUGCCAGUAACAACGAUUGAUAGUUUAACUAAUGUAGAUGGUACCCCAGACCCAGAAACCACCACUGCGGUUAUCACAAUUACACCCACUAGUCCAGAUACCACGGAAGCCACAACCACCGGCGCAGCUCUUCCUGAAACCACUGAAUCCACAUCAGAAAUCACAUCUACCACAGAUUCCACAGAUUCCCCAGCUUCCACAGCAUCCACCACUUUUUCGAGUAACGAUACAAUUUCGGUUUCUUCAGGAAUGCCUGAGGUCGGUGUAAAUACUGAUGUAAAUACUGUUGUAAAUACCGAGGUAAAUGGCGAUUUGGAUGGCGAUGUAAAUAAGGAAAGGAAUAGUUCAUUUACUGAACUAAGUAAUGAAGUGGAUGAUGGGACAAACCCGACGACGACUGAAGGAUCUGUAGCUUCAACAGAUUUAACUCCAGACAUCAAUAUGAUCUCGUUAACGAGGGAACCUAUGGAGAUUCUCAUGGGGAGUCUGAUUGACUCGAUGGUGUCGUCAGUAGAGACGACGACUGAUCUAGAUAAUUCAAUUACUGAAUCAUCGAGUGUUUCAAUUACUGAACCAUCGACGGGUUCAAUUACUGAACCAUCGACGGGUUCAAUUACUGAAUCUUCGACUGUUUCAAUUACUGAAUCGUCGACGGUUUCAAUUACUGAGUCAUCGACUGUUUCAACCACUGAAGCUCCUGAAACGAUCGCACCAUCUUCAGAGUCUUCUUCCAUCGAGACAACAACGGAGGCAUUUCCAACAACUUCGGAGACAACUGCAAUUCCAACAACUACUGCUGCAAGUACUUCAACUACAACUUCAAUGGAAUCUUCAACACCUGCACCUGUGGAGUCUACAGAAUCCGUUGCAACAACCCCUGAAGCCUCAUCACCAGCGAUCCUCUCUCAAAUUUUGGAAUCUACCACGACAAAUCAGAGUGAUAUUCCGUUGAAUUGGCAAAUGGGAUCGUUGAAUGCGACAACGGAGAUGGGAUUGUUGACGACGGAGGGACCACCAUCAUCAGCACCCUCGAGCCUCAAUUCGCAGGGUGGUCGUAUUAUUCAGGACAGAGAGAGGGACAAGGUCAGCAGGACUAAGGAGGCCGGAGGUCAACGCAGCAGUGUGUACAUUGGACAGGAGAAGUUCAUCAACUAUUGGAGUGAUGAUUCAUCCAGAAACAAUGAUUCCAGAGUCGUUAGUGUUAAUAUUAAUUCUGUUACUAGCGCUGUGAACGAGGGAUCAGGAUCGAGCACAGGACCACUGCCUCCCCUGGAUAUAAUUUCAAAGGAUGAAGUCACAGCACCACCAGGUUUCCCCUGGAAAGAUCCACUUGAUCAGAUCUUUGGUAUCACAACGGAGUCCCCAAUGAUUCGAGCAUCAGUCGCCUCCAAUACCAUCGACGAGCAGAGUCCAUCGAGAUCGCCGAUCACGGUGCCUCCCAUAAAUCGGCUACCCGAGGUCUUCACCCCCAUGUCGAACGACGCUCUCUUGCCAGGAGACACUUCGAUCACGACCACCACUGUUGCACCUAGUGUCACUACCACUUUCAGUACUACAUCUACGACCACCUUGGCAGCUACAACAAGUACUGCUACCACAGGGCCAACCACAACAACAACCACAACAACUUCGAUACCCAGUACUGUUCCAGUGACAAUCACCAGAACAACUUUCAAUCCUACAACACCCUCAUUUAGCACUGCUGCUGCGCGUCCAGCACCGUUUGGUGCUACUUUCGAUGAUAUUGCUUUCCUCAACUCGUUGUUGCAGACGAAUCAGCACGUCAACUCCAUCAGCAGCUCAACCCCGAAAACCCUCACGGACGUCGAGAGACUUCUGGCGAACCGAAUAUUGUCCCUGGCACUGGGUAAUGCUGGUCCUACACGUUCACCAAAGGCGAUUCAGCCGUCAAAUUCAGCACCAAAUUCCCUGGAUGUAUAUCCAACCCACGGGAGCACCUCGCAGCCGAUAAUAAUUGAUCUGCUACAGUCGUCAACGAGAAAAGUAGUUCCCAGUACCACAAGUAAAUCAGUGACGUGGAAACCCACGGUCAUUGUCACCCCAUCCAAUACAGGUAGCAGAGACACUGUAACGUCGACACUACCACCUGUACCGACCUUACCAAUAUUACCAUCCGUGAAAAUUGGUAAUGGAGUUGAUUUUGCGUCAACGCAGACACCCUGGAUGUUCCCAACGCAUCCACCAACCACGAGGACAACAACUACCACAACAACUACCACAUCAACAACAACAGCAGCACCAUCAACAACCACAACACCAUCAACAACAACCACGAGGAUCAUUCCAUCACAGAGACCAUCACCGAGACCUCAACCAAGACCUCAACCAAGACCUCAACCAAGACCACCGACAACGCAACCUCCAUUCAGAUUCGGUGCAAAUCUCCUCCAGGCGAUCUUCGGAAGGAACAUCCUCGCCCCGCCGACGACAGACAGAUCUGCCACCACCAGAAGACCCCAGACAACCGUUCAAAUCACCCCGAGAACAACAACUUCGACAACUGCAAGAACAACAACCACAACCAAAUCCACUACCUUCUCACCAGAGGACGACGCCAAGUUCUUACUCCAGCUUCUCAAUGCAGCUAACAACGAGAAUAAACCAGCGAAAGCUGCUGCAGUGUCUGAGCAUGACGAGAGCUUCUUGAGGUCCAUUUUGAAUGGUCAAGCUUCGGUGAAAGCCCCAGACCCCUCGACGGGACCACCUAGUGACGCCGCGUUACUAGCGGAAUUACUGAAGUCUCAGGGAAUCGGACCCUCGACGCCGAUUAAUAAUAUCAGGGAUAAACUGGCAUUUGCCGCGAAGGGUGCCCCGACGACGCUCUCACCGAAAACGACACCGAGAAGAAUUACGACAACCAGACCAAGACCACCGGACUGGACUCCAAGCUCUACUUAUCCAUCUCCACUUUUUAGCAAUUUCAAUUUCGGCGGGGAACGACCGAGGGGACAAGAGGGGGCCGAGGGUUUCAGAGCUCAGAUGCUUAAUGCCGCCAUUGGGGCAACUCGGGUUUUUAGUCAGUUUCUUGGUGCUGCGAUUACGGGAGCAGCCCAACAGUUGCAAUCGAUAGUGAGAAAUGGCACGCGAAUAGUCUCCGAGGUCGUUGGCUAGUCGACAGAAUGACAGGAAGGAAAAAAAAAAGUAAUCAAUCGAAAUAACAUUUUCGUCAUGUAAUUAAUGAUCAUUGGAUCGAAGAAUUGAAUAGUAUUUUCCCUUGACUCAUCCUGAUAUUAUCUCAACUCGAAACACGAUUUUUCGUAUUUAAUUCCUUGUAAAUGAUGCAUCCUCCUUAAGCCAUUGGAUAUUUUUCAUUACUCCCGGAAGUGACGAAUUGGCGUUAGCAAAUUUUCCAAUGAACUUGUGAGGAUAUUUGUAUCCUCGUGGUGAUACAAAUCAAUUCUCCUUCAGAUAAUUAUUCACACUGCAGAAAAUAGCGAUUUGUCAUGGAUUUAAUUGCAGAGGUGUAUCGAGAGUUGAGCAGCGCUUUGCAAACGUUUCUAGGGUAAUUCAGUCAUUUAUUAAUUGGCCGAGCACUCGUGAAACAUUUGCAACGUUAAGAUUAGUGUAAUUAUCCAUGUCUCUUGUAAAUCCAUCGAUUGUAUGCAUUUCUACCAAUUUUUUACCUUCAGUUUCUCCGGUGUAAACUCAGAUAUUAGUGAAACUUUAGUUUUACGUAAUUAUUAUCUCUUGUUAAUGAAUCUAAUUAUGAUAUUUUAUUUAGUCCAGAGGAUUUACUCUCCGGGGGUCUUUGAUGAUGUAGUAAUUACGCUUGUGUACAUGUAUCGAUUAAUAUAUGGGAGGACGU